CGCGACGUCAUCGCCUUUGACCACCGUGGCAUCGGCGGCUCGCCCGCGCCGGCCGGCCCGUACAGCAUACCGAUGCUCGCCAGGGACGCGCUCGCGGUGAUGGACAGCGCGGGAGUGGAUCGCGCGGCGGUCCUCGGCAUCUCGAUGGGAGGCAUGGUCGCUCAAGAGAUGGCCAUCACGGCGCCGGCUCGCGUCAGCGGCCUCGUCCUCGGCUGCACCAUGCACGGCGGCAAGGAGGCGCACCCCCCGCCGGCCUCGUUCUUCGAGACGUGCUCCGGCCUCGCGGACGGCGAGCCGGCGGCGACCGACGCGUUCCUGCGCGCGAUGCUCCCGCCGAGCGCGCUCGAGGGGCCGGCGGGCGAGCGGCUGCUCGCGCAGUUCCACGCCUCCUUUGUGCAGCAGCGGCGCGACGCAGAGGGUCUAAGCGGACAGCUCGCGGCGAUGAUGCGCUUCAACUCGACCAAGCGGCUUGGAUCUCUCGGGGACUGCCCCACGCUGGUCGUGACGGGCUCGGACGACGUCGUCGUGCCGCCCGCCAACGCCGCCUCGAUCGCGAAGAAGGUGCCCGGCGCUGAGCUCCUCACGUGGCCCGACGCCGGCCACUUUUGGUGGCAGCAUCGCACCGUCGAGGUGUGCGAACGGAUCGCGCGCUUCCUGCUCGAGCGGUGUGAUCGGUGACGGUCCUGUGUCCAUUCAAUACGGUAAUAAAACGGGCGCCUCGCUUG